AUGCUCAUCAUUGCAGGAUUUGCUGUAUCAGACUUGAUCAAGAUCACAACUGAACGAGAUGGUGGAGCUCGAGCUUUGUCUCAAGCACUGGGUCAGUAUAUCUUUUCUACCACAGGCUCAGAAAAACUUGCAAUUGUUGUCAUCAGUGUGGGUGGUGAUGUUGUUUUGCUGGGACUUAUCAACGGGCUAUCGUAUGCUUCUGUUGAUGUUGUUGCAAGCGGGUCUUAG